AUGUUACGACAUCCAGUGUGGGGAGCCAUCUGCUUGCUCGCCGUCUCGCUGGUCCUGUGCACAGACAAGCUCCGCACAGACGCCGGACCCUCCGCCUACGCGCUUCUGGUCGACGAGGAGGAGGAGGACGACGGUGGCGACGGCGACGGCGACGGCUCGUCGUCCUUCUCCUUCUCCUCCCCGCAGGCGACGCCGGACGAACUGGCAUUCGGGUUCUACGACGGGACAUGCCCCAACGCCGAGGCGGUCAUCGCGUCCACCGUGCGGGAGCUCUUCGCGGCCGACCCCAACGUCGCCGCCGCGCUCGUGCGCCUGUUCUUUCACGACUGCUUCGUCCACGGCUGCGACGCCUCGGUGCUCCUGGACCGGAUCGGCGGCGGCAAGUCGGAGAGAGACGCCGCCCCGAACCGCUCGCUGCGAGGCUUCGGCGCCGUCGACAAAAUUAAGGCGAGGUUGGAGAAGCAGUGCCCGGGGACCGUCUCCUGCGCCGACAUCUUGGCGCUUGCCGCGCGGGACAGCCUCGUACUGGUGGGCGGGCCGACCUACCCAGUGCUCACCGGCCGCCGAGACAGCGCCGGGAGCUUCUACGACGACGUGAACAUCCCAGCCCCGAACGCCACGUACGCCAUGACGCUCAGCGCGUUCGCCCGCCGCGGCUUCACCGAGCGCGAGACCGUCGCGCUCUUAGGAGCACAUAGCAUCGGGAAGGUGCAGUGCAGAUUCUUCAGGGACAGGAUCUACAACUUCGCCGGGACCGGCGAGCCGGACGACUCCCUGGACGCGGACAUGGUCGGCGAGAUGCGAGCCGUGUGCAGCGGAGAUGGCGCGGCGCCGAUGGAGAUGGGGUACUACCGGCAGGGCCGGGAAGUGGGGUUCGGCGCGCACUACUACGCGAAGCUUCUCGCGGGCCGGGGCAUCCUGCGCUCGGACCAGCAGCUCACGGCGGGGAGCACCGUGCGGUGGGUGCGCGCGUACGCGUCCGGUCAUCGCGGCGAGGAGGCUUUCCGCGAGGACUUCGCGCACGCCAUGGUUAAGCUGUCCGCGCUUGCGCCGCUCAAAGGGUCGGCGGGGCAGGUCCGGAUCAGCUGCUCCAAGUCCGUUGAGUAG